GUUUCUGUUACCGUCAUGCCCCAUAAAAGCUUAAAUGUGGUCCAGGGUAUUAUAUUCCACAGGGACCUUCUUUUGCAAUCUGAUGAUGAGCUGCCUGCCAAUUUGGAGCGGCGAGGUGUUCAUUUUGUUUGGCGCGUCCAUCGGGAUCUGAGGGAUAAUCAAGUUGCCACCGGUGCCUUCAUCUUGGCAUUUGAGGGUGACACAUUGGCCGAGAAGGUCAAGGUGAAGAUCUACCACUGUGACUUCAAACUUUAUAUCCCUCCCCUGAUGCAGUGCUUUAAGUGCUGGAAUUUUGGCCAUAUGUCUUCUCACAGUACUUCCAGUGUCACAUGUUGAGGUUGUGGAUGCCCCUCACAUCCCUAUACUCCAUGUGCCCUGCCUCCCAUCUGUGUCAACCGUGGAGAGCAUCAUUCACCUUGCUUGCCAAACUGUAGGAUUUUACAGAAAGAGAGGAAGAUCAUAGAAUAUAAGACCCUGGACCAACUGACCUAUACUGACUAAGAGGAAAUUUGAGCGCCUACAUCUUCUGGCUAUGGCCUCCUCUGCUGCUACGAGAACAGUUGUCACUCUAUCAGUUCCCUGCAUUCUUGUCCUUCUCAGAACCAGAAGACUACACCUGCCCCCCUGACGGAGGGGGCACUUCCCUUCCUGUAACUGGUCGUAGGGCUUCACGCUCAUCCUCAGUCCCGGAGACUGAAUCAGUGAAGUCCUCCCAGCCAGGGAAACCCAAGGAGCAGCGAGAGAAAUCCAAAAAGGAUGUUCCCAAGACUAAGGGCAUUGUGGUGGCACCUACACCACCGCUACCUACAAACUCUGUGUCUGCGAAUGACAUGGAGAUUUUGGCGUCCACUGAGGACCUAGAUCUCGCCGGACCCUCAGACACACUGGAUAUAGACUGCUCAGGCAAAAAGUCGGUGGCAGCAGGAAAAUGGUGGGGUCCAAGGGAGAAGCAACCUAUACUUGCAUUGCAUGGGUGGCAGGACAAUGCUGGUACCUUUGACAAGCUAAUUCCUCUGUUCCCUGCUGACAUUGCUGUUCUGUGUAUUGACCUCCCUGGUCAUGGCUUGUCAUCUCAUUAUCCUAAAGGUCAACAAUAUUACAUAUUCUGGGAUGGUCUUGUCAUUGUGCGGCGUGUGGUGAAGCAUUUUAAAUGGGAACAUAUUUCCAUCAUUGGCCAUUCUCUGGGUGGUGCUAUAGGUUUUCUGUAUGCUUCAGUAUUCCCAGAUGACAUUAAAAAACUUGUGUCAAUAGACAUUGUGAGUCCAGCUGUGAGAGAGCCGUCCAGAAUAGUGCACGAACUGGGGCAAGGAAUUGACAGAUUCCUUAAGUAUGAAACCCUGACGCCAGAGGAUGCACCUUGUUAUUCAUAUGAUGAAAUGAUUGAUAUAGUGCAGAGUGCUUAUAAAGACUCACUGAACCGAGAGUCUUGUGAAGUGCUAAUGAAAAGAGGUAUGAAUCCUGUGACAAAAUCAAAUUGUGAUUCAACCAAAGAAGGGUACCUCUUUAGCAGAGAUGUCCGACUGAAAGUUGCUGGUUUGGGUCUCAUAUCAGCAGACUUAGUUUUUGAGUUAGCAGAAAGGAUAAAAUGUGAGUACUUGAAUAUAAGAGCAAAACCAGGCCUUAAGUUUGAUAAACCUGAACAUUAUCAUGAUGUCCUUGAGAAAAUUAAAAAGACUGCAAAAAGAUUUGAAUUUUAUGAGAUUGAAGGAACCCAUCAUUUGCACUUGAAUUCACCUGAAAGUGUCAGUACACAUAUUGUUAACUUUUUAACAUCAUAACUAGAAUAUUGUUCUAGCUAAUAGUUAAAUGAAGAAUUUGCAAAAUGCAUCUUGACUGUUGAAGUGCUGAUAAAGGAGUAGUGAGAUUAAUUUGUUCCACAUUUGUUUAUAAAUCUACAUGUGUGUUUACAUAACAUUUUUCAUAGUAGUAACUCUCUGCUUGUUUGCACAAUACAGCAUUUCCAUAAUUCCUCAAACUUCAAAUACAAGUAAUUAUAUGCUGAAUAAUUUUGAACCACAUAACAUUUCUUGAGCACUGCUUCUUAACCCUGGAACGAAUGUCCUGGAGCCUUACCAGUGACAAGUGAGAUCAAGGAUAAAGAUGGAUAUGACACACACAUUAUGUUGAACUUUGCAAAACAUUCCACAACUGAAGAUUAUGUGCCCAUUUCUUUGGAGUAUUCUUUCUUGUUGUCAGCAACACAUGUGAAAUACUCUUGUAAGGGUAAUGCGAGGGUGAGGGGGAAGGGAGGUGGGUGCUGCAUACUGGUAAAUCAUUCCCUUACAGACAAAAAACUUAUAUCCUUAUCACCUUCUCCCCAAACAGAAUAAUUUUCUUUUCUAAAUGUUGGGAAAUUUGUUAAUUUUGUGGCAAGUUCUUUUGAACAUAAUUUAGAAUCAUUUCUACAAUUGUAGAGAGGUGGGGAAACUCUUGGCUUAUCUCUGUAUGCACAAUCUUUUGUUACAGUCAGUAGACACUCCAUUGAAUUGGUAUAUACAUACAUUCACACAUAGAUAAUCUAAGGGCUAAGGCCUUGUCAGUGCAACCACUCAUUUCUGUCAUUGGCUGUUUGUUUCAGUUCCAUUUGAUUGUGACAGCCUAUCCUUAUCUCAAUGUCUUCCAAGUACUUUUUCCUAGGCAUCCUCUUCCUUUCUUUUCCAGUAAUUCCCCUUCAAGAAUGUUAAUGACAAAAGUGUUGUGUGAUCACGUGUCCUGUAAGUGUUCUUCUCUCUUCCAUUUCCUUUAGUAAUUUUCUGUCUUUGUUGAUUUUCCUUAAGGCUUCCAGGUUGUUUUCCUUUCCAUCCAGCUCAUUUUUGUCAUUUUAUGCUAUAAUUACGUUUCAAUAGCUUGCUAUUCCUUCCCUUUCCACCCAACCCAAAGUCUACCCUUCUGAAUACUUAAAUAAUUUUGCAAAGGUUUUUCUGACAUCUUUACUCAUAUGUUUGCUAGUGAAAAUGUUUUUCUUUGUCAUAAAUUUCUGUUUUGCCACUGCAAUCUUUCACUUCCAUUAAGCCUCUAUCAUCCUUGAGAUUAUACUCCAGAGAUAACAAAAUUAUUUCACCUGAUCAAUUUUGACAUAACCAGUUUUUUAUAUUCGUUUUAAUUUACUCCAUAUUUUUCUGUACUACUAUUACUUUACUUUUGUAAAGACACUAUCCUAUGAACUUCACAUUUUAUUUUACGUAAUGUUACUCAUUAUCAUCUCAGAAUGCCGCAGCAAGCCUACUGAUACUAGUUUCUCUGCUAAUAGAUAUUCAAAUAUAAUCCCCCAACAUAUUUAAUAAAUGAACACUCUUCUGGAAAGCUCUUGAACCACUGAAACACUGCACCACUAGAUACACACUUGCAUUGUCGGUGUGUGGAGAAGUGGUACAGUUUAUUUUAAUUUGUUGCAAUGGGAAAGAUAAGCAGCACCUAUACUGGUUUGAGAUCUGUGGAUCUUACAUAUAUUGGGAAAAAAACUUUGCUUUUCUCAAAUCUGUUAACAUCAAGUAAUCUGUGGAGGAAAAGUUAAUCUUAGUCCAUCCUUAUCAGCCUUAUCAGUUACUACUUAAUCUAUAAAUAAAGGUUAGUGUAUGUUCCUGACUGAGAGUUUACGAUGUUAACUCCAACAACACAGUGGAAUUUUUUGUUUUGUUGUUUAGGGUAUUUUUGCUAGUAUUCAGAGUAUGCAUUGAAUAUGCAGCACUUUAAUAAGGUAGAGAUUCUGCUGGCAGGAUCCUCUUGUGUGUUUUGCAUUAUAUUUGUGCAGUGAGAUUGAUUCUAAGUAUUUGAAAUGUAAUGAAUACUUCAAUAAUUCCAUCUAGUCUCUGUUAACAUUCCUCAGAUUUUUGCACAAAAGAGAGAAGCAACUGAGCUGUAGCCACAAAUAUAUUUACAGUUGUAAUUGAUGUGCACUACAUUGCUUGAAUUUUAUUAUGUGUUUGGUAAUUUUUUAUCUCUAUGAUGAACUGACAGAUAUCUGCUGUUACUGAAUUUUUACUUGAUGUGAUUUUAAUGUUUCCUAUUUUUUAUGGGUGUUCUAGAGAGACAGUCACAAUGCCUCUCUGUAUUUUUUCAGUAUCAGUAACUGUUCUGUGAAGGGAGUUUCUGGAAGAAUAUUGAAAUGGAAAUGUAACUAAAUAAUAUUUACAUCACAGCAUGAGUUGUUUAAUUCAUGGUUUCAGUUUUUAUCUGUAGUGAGGAUAUGGGAGUGAAAUGUCAAUGACACACAAUCAUUUUUUUUUACUUGUAUACACAGAUGAAUGUUUUGUAGGACAUAUUUUAUAACAAAUGAACUGUCUUUAAGUUUUGUAAUAAAUGUUUUAUUGACAGUGGCA